AUGAGUGUUACAAAAAAUAUUUUAAUAAAUAAUACAACACCAAUUCCAUCCCCAAAUAAAUUAUUACAUAAAAUUCGUCAACACAAUAAUAAUAAUGAAUUAUUUGUGCAACCUCCCCGUUUAGCUAUAUUUAGUGAAAAUAAAAAAAGAAAUAAACAAUUAGAGGAAGAUAAAGAUUUUGUUGAUAAUAAUGAAGAUGAAGAGCCUAUAUAUGAAGAAAUUGAAUAUUAUUUGGAGGAUUUGGACGAAAAAGAAGAAGAAAAUAAUUUUAAAGAAAUUAAGGCUACAACAACAAUUACUAGUAAAUAUUUAAAUAAUAAUUGGUUAGCGGCAGAAGGAAUUAUUGAAUCAACAACGAAAGAAGAAGUUUUGAAGUUUUUUGAUGAUAAAAAGGAAAAUGAAAGGUAA